AUGGCACAGGCGGUGGCGGCGGCGGUGGAGGGGAUGGGCAUCGCCAGCAGAGCCCCGGCCCAGCAGAGCGGAGGGGAGCUGCUGGGCAACCUGGAGGCCAGCCUGAAGCCGUUCACGGCUCCCAGUAGCAAGGCUAGCAUAGCGCAGCUGGAACCUCUGGAGCGCGCGCAGACGCAGCUGGCGCUUGCCCAUGCUGCCCACGCCCUGCUCCAGCUCCUGCUGCGGGCCAGCGGCGUCGACCCGGCGCACCACGAGUCGAGCAGGGAGCAGGAGCGGCUGAAGCAGUACACCAAGAAGGUGCGCAAGGCGGCGGCGGAGAAGGAGCUCAGCGAGUCGCGGCGCAGCCUGGAGGUGAACGUGUCUGCCGUCAACCGCUUCAUCACCGCCGCCGUGCCCGACCUGAGCCGCGAGCAGCGGGCGGCGCUGAGGGAGGCGGGGCAGAAGCGCAAGGCGGCGGCAGCGGCGGGCGGCGGCGCGGAGCGGCAGGCCGCGGACGAGGAUGCGGCAGGCGCGGCAGAGGCCUUCCUGCAGGAGGCGAUGCAGGAGCUGCAGGGGGCGCAGCCUGGCCAGGAGCAGCAGGCGGCUGGGGCCCAGCAGCGCGGCUCUGGCGGCAGCACGCAGAAGGCAUGGCUCUCCCAGCCCAGCGCGCUGCUGGCCCUGGGUCUGGCCCUCCUGGCUGUGGGUGCUGCGCUGGUGGCCACGCCGCUGGCUCUCGACUCGGCGUCGCCGCCGUCGCCGCCGCCGCCACAGCAGCCGACCAGCACCGCAGCCUCUGGCCUGAACGAGGAGGGCGUGCCCCUGGAUGCGCUGCCGCCGGAGCAGCGGGAUGGGGAGCUGGCGGAUUGCCGGGCUGUACUGCCCGACCGAGACGCGUACCUGCAGGCGGCCGCGGCAGCCGAGGCGCAGCUGUUUGGCGCCCUCGCUGCAGCCUCCCCGCCCGACCAGCUGCAGCAGGCGGUGCAGCAGCUGCCCCCGCUGCUCUUCGGCACCGUGUUCUGGGUGCUGGUCAGCGGCGCCCGCCCCUGGGCGCCCGAGUUUGAAGCGGCGGCAGCAGCCCAGGUGGAUACCCUGAACGCCGCAUUCGCCGGGCUGGGCAUGACGUUCCGGCUGGACUUCGUGGUGGCAGCCCCCGCCACCGACGACGCCGUGCUGCACUGCUCCUCGCACUGGGAGCAGCUGGCGCAGCAGCUGCUGCCGCGGGACGCCGGCGCCGGCGGCGGGAGCGGCGGCGGCGGCGGCAGCAGCAGCAGCAGCGGCAGCGGCGGCGGCGCGGCCGACCCGCCAGCCAUCCAUGUGGUGGUGUGUGAGCCUGAGGGGGCGCAGGGUGCGGCGCAGGUGCUGGGCGCAGCGCCCCCCAACGGCAGCGCCGCUGGCGGCGUCAUUCUGCUGAGCCGCGGCGCACUGUGGCAGUCGCGCACCAGCCUGGUGCAUCAGGUGGGCCACUUUUUGGGCCUGGCACACCCCUUCCCCGACGAGCGGCAGACCUGCAAUGCCGAUGCCGACGGCGUGGCCGACACACCGCUGCAGCACGCCGCCAACCGCGGCUGCGACCUGGGCAGCGACAUGCACGUGUGCCCCGAGUCGGGGGACGGCGCCCUGCCUGCCUCCAACUUCAUGGAUCUCACCAACGACACGUGCAGGUCCCACUUCACCGCGGGGCAGGCGGUACGCAUGCAGGCCAUGCUGAGAGCGUACCGCCCCCGCCUGCUGGAGGCAGCCUCGGCCGCCCCGCAGCCGCAGCGCGCGUUGGCGAUCCAGACGGCCUGGCAGUCGGCCCCGCCGCCCGCCUCCCAGGCCGCAGGCCCCUGGCAGGCGGCGGCGCUGGCGGCGGACGGCCAGCUGUCGGCGGCGGCGGCCGGCUGCGCCUGCCUGGCGCCGGAUGCGGAGGGGCGCGCCUUCUGGGCCGCCCAGCUGAAUGCCAGCUACCCGGUUGAGGCGGUGCGGCUGCUGCUGCCGGCUGCGCUGGGCGACGGCGACGGCGCGGGCUAUGCAGCGGGGCCGAGCGCGGCGGGACCGUCGGCAGCGCCGGGGCCGGAGGCCGUAGCGGGUGGGCCGCCAGGCGAGGUGGAGGCGGAGGUGGAGCUGGAGCUGAGGGUGGGGGACAGCCUGGAGCACCGGCGGAACCAGCGCUGCGCACCCGGCAGCAACGCCCGCGUGCCGCUGCAGCAGGGGCAGCCGCUGCUGGAGGUGCGGUGCGCGGCGGGCGUGGCGGGGCGCUUUGUGUCGGUGGAGGUGCUGGCCCCCGGCGGCGCGGCGGCGCUGCGGCGGCGGCUGGCCCAGCGGCCCGUCUGUCUGUGUGAGGUGCAGCCGCUGACGGCAGCCGUGCCUGCCGUGGCAGUCCUGGCAAGCGGCAGUGGCAGCAGCGGCAGCGACGGCUGGCAGCCGCUGCCUGCCGCGCUGCUCAAUGCUUCUGCCAUGGAAGCCAGUCAGUCGACCACCGCAGCAGCAGCAGUGCUGGCGCUGGCCAGGCAGCCUGCCCAGGCUGACCGUGGGGGCGGCCCCCAGUGCAGCCGCACGGGCGCUGAGGCGGCGCCGUGGUGGACGCUCGACACAGGCCUGGAUGGCGCGUGGGUGCGAGGCCUGCGCCUGUCUGUGCCGUUUUCCUGCCAGGCCAGCAGCGCCGGCAGCGGCAGCACAGGUGGUGUGUGCCAGCCAGCACCGGCCGUCAGCCUCACAGUGCAUGUGGGGGACCUUCCACCCGUGGCCCCGCCCGCCGACAACAGCAGCAGCCUGUGUGCGGCCGCAGUGCCAGUGCUGGGCGGCCGGCCUGUGGAGAUUGGCUGCGCGGUCGGCUUCCUGCAAGGGCGGUACAUCACCGUCGUUGCGGCGGGCCAGGCGCGCCCCGCGCCGCUGUCGCUGUGUGGUGUGGAGGUGCUGGGGGCCGUUGAGCUGGCGCCCGGUCCGCACAUGGCGCGGCCGGCAGCCCUGCUGGUCUCGCCGCCGGCCCUGCAGCCCCACUUCACCCUGCCGAUCAACGGCGACAGCAGCAGCUGCUUGGAGGUGCCGGCAGCAGGCGCCAACAGCACCAGCGGCACCGACGGCGGUACCGGCAGCAGCUGGCAGCUGCAGCUGGAUGGCAGCUACCCGCUGCUGGCUGUGCGGGUGCAGGCCGCGGCGGCGCCAAAUGCCAGCAUGGCAGUCAGCCUGCUGGACGCUGGCGGCAGAGUGGUGGCCCACCGGCUGCUGCCUGUGCCCCCUUCUGGCAGUGCCGCCCCCGGCGGCCUGCCAGCCGUCGCCGCGUCCGUGAUUGAGCUGCCCCUGGGCACGCACGCGGCGGCGGUGCGGGUCCAGGGCUUUACGCAGCUGUGCGAGGCGCAGCUGCUGGCUGCCUCCACCCAGGCGGCCACCAGCUACCUGCUGCAGCCGCGCCCCAGCGGUGCAGACGGCGGCGGCAGCGGCGGCGGGGCGAUGGCGUGGCAGGUGCUGCUGGAUGGCGCCGCCGCCUCUGGCUCCCCGGCCAGCGGCGCCUCUGCGCUCUUCGACGGCAGCUAUCACACCUGCCUGACCGCGCCGCCAGCCGCGGUGGCCAGCAGCGGCAGGGGGCCGCAGGCGGGGUCCAUAGUUGUGGUGCUGGACCGCACGUACAAGCUCCACGCGGUGCAGCUUGUUGCUGGCGGCCUGUGGCCUGACAACGUCACCAUCGCGGCCGUCCCAGGCUCUGCCGUGCAGGGCCGCUUUGCGGCCACCUGGGCCGCCGCGCCCGUGUGCCAGCCAGCCGUCGCGCUGCGGCCGUGGCAGCCCGUCACGGCGGUGUGCGCGGGGGAGCCGCUGCUCACAGACCGGCUGCUGGUGCAGGUGGCAGGGCCCGCAGCCGGCAGCGCACCUGAUGCUGGCGCUCUUACCCUUUGCGAGCUCGGCCUUCAGGGGCUGCCCGUGCCAUAG